UGAGCAUCACCUCCAUCUCUCUGUGUGUGCACCUGCAACUACACACUACAGAGCCAUUACCAUUUCCAUUCCAUCACAAAUUGCCUUCUCGCAGGCAGUCGUCACAAGGCCGACCGGCGUACGGAUCGAUCGCCCGAGGAGACAGGCAGCCAUGGCGUGCGUGACAGUUCCGGCGGCCACGGCGGAGAUGGACCGCGCCUUCUCUCAUCUCCUGCCGCUGCCGGGCUUCCGCUUCCACCCCACCGACCAGGAGCUCGUCAAUUGGUUCCUCAAGCGCAAGCUCCUCGGCCUCCCCAUCGACUUCGACUUCAUCCCGGAGGUGGACGUCUACAAGUUCGAGCCGGACCAACUACCAGACAAAUCAUUUUCACCGAGCACGGGCGACCCAGGGGCUAAAGUUGAGUGGUACUUUUUUGCGCCGAGGGCCCGAAAGUACCCAACCGGCCUUCGCAUGGCGCGGGCGACAGAAAAAGGGUUCUGGAAGUCAACAGGGAAGGACCGUCCAGUCAUCCACAACGGCAUCGUAGUCGGCAUGAAGAAGACGCUUGUCUUUCAUAUUGGCAAAGCACCUAGGGGCACACGGACCAACUGGGUCAUGCACGAGUACCGCCUCCAUCCCGAUCACCGUAUCCAUGACACCUAUGUGCUGUGUCGGAUCUUCAACAAGAACACCAUGACCCAAUCACCAGACCUGCUCGGUGGUGACGAUCUGGAUGAGGAAGGGAUGCAUUUGGUGGCCAACAACGCUGACAUGGACAACGAAGGGUUCCAGCCCAUGUCCGGUGGUGCCAGUGCCAGCAAGGAAGAGAUCCACCCCGUGUUCCGCAACGCCAACACGGACAAGGAAGGGAUCAAUCCCGUGUCAGGUAACAUCGUUAGUGACAUGGAUGGGAUCUAUCCCAUGUCAGGCGGCAUCGUCGCCGACAUGGCAGGGGUACAUCCCGUGUUCGGCGGCGCUAUCACACACAACGAAGAGAUCGAUCCGAUGUCAGGAGGCAUUUACACAGAUGUGGAUUUUUCUUGGAUGCAGUUAGUGCCUGACGACAUUUGCUACCCGAACAUCGAACUAGAUACGGAUGACUCCUGUACGCAGCUCAUCAACGACUACUCGUGGUAACCAUCGCUAACAGAAAAGAACAUUAGAGAACUAAAAAAAAAAUAGAUGCCGGAUCCAUUUUGACUCUUUGUAUAUGAUUCCAUGAAGCGUUGUACCGUGGAUAGGUUGGAUGGUGGUCCUUUAGUCAUGUGUAAUUGUAUUUGUUUUUAUUUUCUUAAAGGGGGUUUCAACAGUGUGUCAAACUCGAAUGUAAGUUUUUUUGGUGGGAAUGCUAUGUUUUUUUAGUCAUAUGCCUUUGGUCCUCGUGGAAUAAAAUUUAAAAACAAACUUUGCCAACUUUGUGCGUGUACUGAAAAUUUACAUAGUUUGUUCAGUAAUAAGAUGGUUUGUUCAUCCGCUGAAACAUAUCGUAGCCUGUGGUGGAAUUCUAGGUGCAAUGAAUCCGUGUGCAUACUGCAUACGAGAGCCGCGCGAUGCUCCAUUCACUCGUGCGUGGAAUGAAAUGAAAGGGAUGAUGUUGUUGUGCUCGACAGGAUGGGCUACGCGUUUGAUCCGCGACUACCGAAAAUGAUCCCCGAAAACCAGGCGCAUAAGACGCCAUCAUCCUUUCCUUUCCUUUCCUAUAAAAAGAGUAGAAGAGCAACGGUGGUCUAGAGCAGAACCCAUUAAUUCCUCAUCAUGAAAUAAAGAAGCAAGCCAGUGAGAGAUCCAGAAAUCCGUCCAUCCCGUUUUUGAGCUAAUCCCUCGAUCGGCCGGUGGUACAAGCAGGAUCGAUGCUGUGUGGGUGGGCGGCCGCUAGCUGCAGUUGGCGAAGCACGAUGAGACAAGAUUCACGUCUCCGGACGCCGGUGUACGUACCUGAUCCUGGUGAGCUGCCCUUACGACGACUACUCCGGCGGCAGGUGGCCGUGGUCCCGGUGAUGACCUCGUCCGAUGGAGAAGAGCUUGGUCAAGUCUUGGCGCCGUCGAGGAGGAUCUCAUCGUGCAAGAACGCCAGGCCACAGGUCAUGGAGGGAUCGCCUUCCACGCAGCAGCCCACCAUGUGCCACUUCUUCACGCCUGGACGCCGGACAGCUUGCUCCCCCUCACCUCCUCUGCCCCGUCCAUGACGAUGCUCCUCACCACCUCCACCACCUCUCUCUCGGUCUCUCCCCACUACGAUUUUCUUCUUCUUUGGAAGCCAAUUCAAGGGAGGCGAUGCCGAUGCCGAUGAGUUCGG